AAAUUCCACUCCCUCCCCAACUCACUCCGGAUCACCAGAGCAGAAAGAAUGGCUCAGGCAAUGGCUUCAAUGGCCGGCUUACGUGGAUCCUCGCAGAAGGUUCUGGAAGGAAGCCUCCAGCUCAGCGGAGGAAGUCGCCUUGAGGCUCCGGCGAACCUGUGUGUUUCUAGCGGUGGUCGGUCGGGGCUCGGCUUUAUCAAGGCUCAAGCGCAGCGGGUGGAGGGCGAAAGCCUGAGCGGCCGUCGCGCUUUGCUUGGGCUUUUUACAACAGGCCUCACCGGCGUUGCUAUAGUAAAUAAUGUUCUCGCCGAAGCAAAACCUAUCAAGAUUGGCCCUCCCCCACCGCCCUCAGGCGGUCUCCCCGGGACGCUCAACUCUGACGAGCCAAGGGACCUGGAUUUGCCAUUAAAAGAUCGAUUCUACAUACAAGCCCUGACUCCAGCCGAAGCUGCAAAGAGAGCGAAGGAGUCGGCUAAAGACAUUCUGAAUGUGAAGGAGCUUAUUGACAAGAAGCAAUGGCCGUAUGUGAAGAACGACCUCCGCCUCAAAGCAUCUUAUCUCCGCUACGAUCUCAACACUGUCAUCGCAGCCAAGCCCAAGGAGGAGAAGACGGCUCUCAAGCAGCUCACUUCUAAGCUUUUCUCUACCAUUGAUGAC